AGAGGAGUAUGUAACUUUAUUAUUUUGAGUUUUAUUAACUUAAACCAUUUAAGUAGCUAUAUAGCUGUUUAGAUAUUUAUUACCUGAAUUCAAACAGACUGAGUGAAAUAAACCUAUAACUGACUAAACAACAAUUAAAAAAUACAAGUGACUCAAUCUGUAGGAGUUUACAGUACUCAUUUAUUGGUUUUAAAACUUAAGGCCAGUUUGAGAUCGCUUGAUGAUUUUACAGCGUUAAGAAAGGAAGUGAAACACAUUGUGGUUUAGUGUCUCUGCACUGAAAGGAAAUCUGCAGUUUGAUCAAUGCUUUUACAGACGAAAGACAAUGGAGAAGAUCAUGCUCUUUUGUGUUUUUUCAUACUUGAUUAUUCAGAUCAGCUCCAGCGGACUUUCAGAACAUGACGUGACUCUGUUAAGAUUCCGGCUGAAUGAAAACAUCACUCUGAACUGCAGCAUAAAUGACCAAUUCACCUACAGAUUUGAAAUGGCCUGGUAUCACCAGAAUCCUGAAUCUGGACGACUAACACUGCUGCUCUCUGCCAAGAACUGGCCAUCACUGCACAUUCAAUACUCUCAAAACAAUCGCAUGAGAGUUCAUGGAGAUGUGGAGAGCAACACAGCCUCACUAGAUAUUAUUGGACUAACGGAGUCAGAUUCAGGUCUUUAUUUCUGUGCAAUAGUGCAUUCAAUCUUGUACUUCGACAAACCCAUCAGACUAGUGAUGGAGGACAAGCUGACAGACAGAGAAGACAAAGUUCAGUCCGUUACAGAUCCUUCAGUGGAUGAUAAGAUCCCAGAUGCUUCAGAACAUAAUGUGACUCUGUUAAGAUUUCAGCUGAACGAAACCAUCACUCUGAACUGCAGCAUGACCCACACAUACGAAAUAGCCUGGUAUCACCAGGAUCCUGAAUCUGGACGACUAACACUGCUGAUAUUUGCUAUAGGCAGGAGAAAAGAGAUAUAUUUAAUCAAUCAAAACACUCGCGUAACAGUUAAAGCAGAUAUAAGGAGCAACACAGUCUCGCUAAUUAUUACUGGACUAAUGGAGUCAGAUUCAGGUCUUUAUUUCUGUGGAACAAGAUCAGCGACUUCAGACAUGUACUUUGAGAAACCCAUCAGACUACAGAUCGAGGACAAGCUGACAGACAGAGAAGACAAAGUUCAGUCCGUCACAGAUCUGCCAGAGAUCACAGCCUCUACAGUCGAGGCGAUGCUGACGGAGCGUGUGAUGAUGUUCGGUGGUGCUGGUCUGGCUGUGUUUGUGUUUUUUCUGGCUACAGUUGUUGCAGGAGGAAUCAUUCACUGUUACGGUUGGCAGAAAGGAUGGGCCACAGCUAAACGUGCUGGUCUGACUGAUUAAAAAAAUAACCUACAUGUCACAAAAUUUUGUGCUUUAUUUUUCACUCUAUCACAAUAAUCAGCAUUGCUGUAUGUUAUCACUGAUGGUGGCUACAGAUCUCAUUUAGACUUCUGUUGUGGUAAAGUUCUCAAGGAGCAUUAAAGUGCCCCCUUUAUGCUAUCUGAAAAGUACAUAAUUUGGUUUUGAGCAUCCUCAACAGUAGGUUCACAUGCAUGCAAGAUCAAUAAACAUGCACUUUCAUUGACUCUUGUGUGCAUGAUUCUCAAACGAUUCAUUCGAAGAUUCAUCUUUCCAAACCCCUCCUUUGUGAGAGGCUACUCUGCUCUGAUUGGACAGAUAUGUGUCCCUGGAGCAUAAAACCAGUCAUAAGUUGCACAGAUAUAUUUGUAGCAAUAGCCAACAAUAUGUAUGGGCCAAAAUGAUUGAUUAUGCAAAUGUGGUAACUUGUGACGUGUGAACAAAUGACUCAUUUCAAUGAUUCAGAGUCAACUCUUUUUUUUCAAAGCACUUUGAGCUUUACAGACUAUUUACAUUCAAAUACAGCUACAUCACAUACUGAAUAAAAGGUAAUUUUCAAAAAUCCAUAAUGGGGCACUUUAAUAUGUACAUUUAAGCUGAGUUCAAGAGAAAUAUAAAUUCCAUGGCACAUAAAGCUUGCUCAAAUAAAAUGUCUUCAAUGUUAAAUGUGUUUGUUGAGAGUUCUGAUCAAAUAAAGAGCAGUAAAACUAAGAAAUCACACGC